GCUGCAUGGGAUCUUUCCAAUCUCUCCCCGUUUCCCAUGCCAGACACCUUUGCAAAGGCUUGAUCUGCAGGGGGCCAGUUACAACUGGAACGAUCCAGCUUUCUCAGGUCUCCACGCGGCAUGGCAGCGCCGCCCCCGCCUCCAAAGGGCGGCCUGUCGCUCUACGCCAACCUGCUCGAUCCGAAGGCCGACUCCCAGGCCACAGUGUCCGGCGCGCCGGUGGUCUACGAUGGCGGAAAGAAGGAUGAUGAUGCCGUCAAGAAGGAAAUCAAUCAGGCCUUGCGAUUCCAGCCAAUUCGCCGGCCACAGAUACCUCAGAAGAAAGCAGCCAAACCUUCCUUUCCCAAGUCGAUACCCCCAUCUUCCACAGUCCCGGAUACCUCGAGGAUAAAUGCCACCAAUGACAGCAGGGACGCCACCGCAACACCACCGCCUGGCCAGGGAGCGCCUCCUACCCAACGCAGUACACUUGCCGACUGGGCUGCGACCGAGGAGGAUGAUUACAUGUAUGGCACUGGGGCCACCGAGAAGCGGCAGCGAGGUGGGCGCAAGGCUAAGAAGAAGAAGCAGCAGAAGCAGGGGGACAACCAGCGCCAGGAGACGGACUGGGACGAGAUCUACGACCCUUCGCGGCCGACCAAUGUGGAGGAGUACAUGAAGAGCGACGAACGUAUACGGGAGGUACGGGAGUGGAAGGCCAUCCUGUACGCUCACCGCAGGAGGAGGAGAGGGACCUCCGACAGUGACGAUGACUCGGACGCCGACGAGAGGCCUGCCAUGGGCAGUCAAUUUGCCCCUCCGGGAGAUUACUCUUUCGCGCCACCGCCAGUGUCGCCUCCUCGGGCCUCACCUGCUGCUGCUGCUGCUGCUGCUGCUGCUGCGACCGUACCGGACGACGCUACAGGCGACGAUGCCUACGCCCGCCGCCUCGCACUGUCAGGCUUAGGCGCGCCGCCGCCGCCGCCGCCUCCCGAGGCACCUUCAGCCCCCCCUCCACCGCAAUCACCACCAAAAGAAACUGCAACAAUCUCUCGCGGCCCUGUCCGCUACCAAGCGCCUCCUCAACCACCCGCACAGGAGCAAGGAGGAGACGACGGCGGCGGCGACAUGGACGUAGACAACAUUGACCUCCCUCCCACCGGCCUGGGGGCAGGCCAAAAGAGCACCACCGAUCAGCCAAUGCCCGACGUCGACGGCGCCGGCGACACAUCGCGCUCAAACCGACCAGGCCAGAAGGGCUUCGCCCAACGCCUCAUGUCCAAGUAUGGCUGGACGGCCGGCAGCGGGCUCGGCGCCGACAGCAGCGGCAUUAUCAACCCGUUGCAGGUGAAAGUAGAAAAGCGGCGCAAGCGGCCGGACGCCGAAGGCGGCGGCUACGUAGACCCGGCGAACCGCGCCCGGAUCAUCGGCGGCAAGACCGCAGCCGCCAAGGACCCAUCGCCGGCGUCAGGCUCGGCGGCGGCUGAAGCCAAUGCGGGCAAGUUCGGUCCCAUGUCCGAGGUCAUUGUGCUGCAGAACAUGCUCGAGAACAUGCCAUCGCUGCAGGAGGAGGUCGAGGAAGGGCUGGGGCAGGAAAUUGGCGAGGAGUGCGGCGACAAGUACGGCCGUGUAGAGAGGCUGCACAUCGACGUGGCAGGCAGGCAAGUUUUUAUCAAGUUCACCGAUCAGGUGUCAGCGCUGAGGGCUGUCAACGCUCUCGAGGGCCGCGUUUUCAACGGAAACUCGAUUGCGGCACGCUUCUGGGACACCGAGAAAUUCGAGAAGGGCGAGUAUGCCUAG